CCCCGCCCCUGCAGCGGCUCCCGGGGCCGGAGCGGCCGGUGCCGCCGGGCAGAGCCGGGGAGGCUGCGCUGCCAGAGCCACGGCGGCGGGGCCGGGGAAACGCGCCGGUGGCAGCGGGGAAAGCCGAGCGGAUGCGGUUGUCCUACCUGUAAAGCCCAAUGGUAUAAGACCACUGGUCAACGUAUCUGGACCAGAUUUUUGAGCUUAUUCAGCGUCCCACGAGAGAGCCGGUGACUCCAAACCUGUUGGAAGGCACAGGACUCAUCUAAGCCACCUGUAGAGCUGCUCAGCAAACAUGGAGCAGAUGAAGCCGGUGCUGAGCAUCCAGAGCAGGGGACCGAGGCCCAGCUGCUGGAAGGUGACGGCGGCUGCCGCCGUGGUGGGCAGCGUGACCGCGCUCUACCUGGGGAUCCUGCUGGCCUGUCACCCUGCGGCAGAGACCAGCUUCGAGCACACAGUGGAGCUGCGCGGAAUCGCGUUCAACAGCAGCUUACAGACCGAGACCUCCGACUACUACAGGGUGCUGACGCCUGCGCUGGAGAGGCUGUUCCUGUCCAGUGUCCAGGACUCGCAGCUGGACUGGAGCUGCACCGGUUGCACCAUCCUGGGCUACAGGAACGGAAACUCGAGCGUGAUCGUCCGGUUCCGCCUGCGCUUCGCCCCGCGGGACGCGCGGCCGCUGAGCUCAGCGCUGGAGGAGGAGGCGCUGAGGCACGGGCUGGCGGCCACGCUGCGCGACCGGGGCCUGGCCCUGCCCGCCUACGGGACCAUCUCCUCGGCUUCGCUUACAGGUCCCAGUGAGGUUUCUCCCCACAGACCUGGACUGAAAUCAGGGAGCUGCCCCGGAGACAUGUUCAACUGCCGCAACAGCCAGUGCGUGUGGAAAGAAAACCCGGAAUGCGACGGCCGAAAAGAUUGCGCUGAUGCCUCUGAUGAACGGGGCUGCGACUGCGGGAGCCGCCCCGCCAUGCAGACCGCCAGCCGGAUCGUCGGAGGCUCCGAGGCCUCGCGAGGGGAGUUCCCCUGGCAAGUCAGCCUGCGAGAGAACAACGAGCACUUCUGCGGUGCCGCCAUCCUCACCGAGAAGUGGCUGGUGUCCGCCGCUCACUGCUUUACCGAGUUUCAGGACCCGGCCAUGUGGGCAGCUUACACAGGAACCACCUCCCUCCGCUCAGACAGCGGGGCGGUGAAAAUGAGCAUCUCACGCAUCAUCCCGCACCCCUCCUACAACACCGACACGGCUGACUAUGAUGUGGCCGUGCUGGAGCUGAAGAGACCUGUGACCUUCACCAAGUACAUCCAGCCCGUGUGCCUGCCAAGCGCUGGGCAUCACUUCCCCACCAGAAAGAAGUGCCUCAUCUCCGGCUGGGGCUACCUCAGAGGGGAUUUCUUGGUGAAACCCGAGUUCCUGCAGAAAGCGACGGUGGAGCUGCUGGACCAGACGCUGUGCUCCAGCCUCUACAGCCAUGCCCUCACGGACAGGAUGAUGUGCGCUGGUUACCUGGAGGGGAAAAUCGACUCCUGCCAGGGUGACUCUGGUGGGCCCCUGGUUUGCCAAGAACCAUCUGGCAAGUUCUUCCUGGCGGGAAUUGUGAGCUGGGGCAUCGGAUGCGGUGAAGCCAGGCGGCCCGGGGUCUACACGCGUGUUACCAAACUCAGAGACUGGAUCUUGGACGCCAUUUCUGCCUCCCCCACCUCCACAAUCGACACCGUUCCCCUACCACACUCCAGUGCGAACCGUGACGUGGUCAGCUCUGUGGACCUCAACGCCACCACCACCGGCACCAUCCCCACCGCGUCACCAGCCCCAGCUGCCAGCGCACCGGUGACAGCAUCAGUACCGCAAGCGUGCGGAGGACGACCCGGGUUCUCUAAACCCAGCAGGAUUGUGGGAGGAACAGACGCUUCCAGAGGAGAGAUCCCCUGGCAAGUCAGCCUGAGAGAAGACUCGAGGCACUUCUGUGGAGCCACGGUGAUCGGGGAGCGCUGGCUGCUGUCGGCAGCCCACUGCUUCAACGAGACACAUUCAGAAGAGAUUGAAGCCUACGUGGGAACAACAUCACUGAAUGGAACAGACGAGAGUGGGGUGAAAGUCAAUGUAACCAGAGUGAUCCAGCAUCCCCUCUACAACCCUAUUAUGCUGGACUACGACGUGGCUGUGCUGGAGCUGGCGACACCUCUUGUCUUCACCAAACACAUCCAGCCCAUCUGUCUCCCAACUGCUGCGCAGGAGUUUCCCGUUGGCAAGAAAUGCGUCAUUUCUGGGUGGGGUCACCUCGAGGAGGGGAACGCCACCAAGCCUGAGAUCCUGCAGAAAGCCUCUGUGGGCAUCAUAGACCAGGAGACCUGCGAUUUCCUCUACAACUUCUCCCUCACUGACCAAAUGAUCUGUGCCGGCUUCCUGGAGGGGAAGGUGGACUCCUGCCAGGGAGAUUCGGGGGGACCCUUGGCCUGCGAGGUGACCCCGGGAGUGUUUUAUCUGGCCGGCAUCGUGAGCUGGGGAAUCGGCUGUGCCCAGCCUAUGAAUCCCGGCGUGUACUCCAGAAUUACCAAACUCAGAGACUGGAUCCUGGACACCAUCUCGCAGCUGCCCAGUCCUGGCACAGGCAUUGUUUCCAGUUCAACCUUCGCUAGAACGUCUGCUGCAGCCACCGUCACCCACCGGUUCAGCACCACAGCUGCCAGUCCAACUGACAGAACCACAACAGCCACCGAAGAACCCUCCACAGCCCUGCAAACCACAGAGCCUGCCAAGCCCACCCAAACCCCAGUGGUGCCUUGUACCAGCUUCACCUUCAAGUGUUCCAGCAACGUCUGCAUUGGAAAAGAAAAUCCCGAAUGUGACGGCAUUGCCGACUGCAGCAACGGCUUUGACGAGCGCAACUGCGAUUGUGGCUUAACGAGUGCUCUGGCCUUCAGCAAGAUCGUGGGUGGCAGCGCCGCGGCUCGAGGAGAGUGGCCCUGGCAAGUCAGCCUCUGGCUUCGGCGGAAGGAGCACAAGUGCGGGGCCGUCCUCAUCGCCGACCGCUGGCUGCUCUCCGCAGCUCACUGCUUCGAUAUUUACAGUGACCCCAAAAUGUGGGUGGCCUUUCUAGGAACACCCUUCCUGAACGGCAUCGAUGGCAAAACGGAGAAAAUAUUCCGGAUCUACAAGCACCCUUUUUACAACGUCUACAGCCUGGACUACGACGUGGCACUGCUGGAGCUGAACGCGCCCGUCAAGUUCAGCAGCACCAUCAGACCCAUAUGUCUCCCAGACAGUUCACACAUCUUCCAUGAAGGAGCCAGAUGCUUCAUCACAGGCUGGGGCUCCACGAAGGAAGGAGGUCUCAUGUCAAAGCAUCUGCAAAAAGCAGCAGUGAACGUGAUCGCAGACCAGGCCUGCAAGAAGUUCUACCCCGUCCAGAUCAGCAGCAGGAUGCUGUGUGCCGGCUUCCCGCUCGGCACCGUCGACAGCUGCUCGGGCGAUGCGGGCGGACCCCUGGCGUGCCAAGAACCCUCAGGGCGGUGGUUUCUGGCAGGAAUCACAAGCUGGGGCUAUGGCUGCGCCCGGCCAUACUUCCCUGGUGUCUACACCAAAGUCACAGCCGUCCAGGGCUGGAUCGCGCAGCACCUCAAGCUCUGAAGCUGAAUUUCACCACUCAGGGAAGCCGACGGAUGACAGGAGUAAUUGCCAGAGGAUGCACUAACCCCUCAGCUAUUGUACUUUUCUUUUGAUGCUGCAAAGGGGUGAAGAUGGUCUGCAGGUAUUAAGCAAAUGCCGGUGUUGUGUCACCCCCUGCAGCUGUGACACCAGGGCAUUUGGUAACCGCUUUGCAUAGAAAGGUACAAUUCUAGACAUUUUCUAUAAAUAAAUGAGGCCUGUCCCUUCUUAAGACCUGGCCAAACAUC